CACGACUUCUCAUUCUCCCACUCUCGACUGCUCGCACACAAUCACCAUGCUUCAGGUCACUGCUACUGGAACGCCGUAUGAGAUCGGGCACACCCACGGCUCCCAGGCCAAGGAGCAGGUGCACGGCUCGGUGGCCUUCUACCGCGGCUUCUUCCAGGACAAGGCCAAGAUGGACUGGGCGAGCGUCGAGGAGGAGGGCAAGCUGUGGCGCCCGUGGCUGGAGGAGAACUUUCCCCAGUACAUUGAGGAGCUGAAGGGUGUCGCCGACGGCGCUGGCCUCAGCUUCGAGACCAUCUUUGCGCUCAACAUCCGCACCGAGAUUGCGUUCGGGCACCAGUCGCAGCCUACAGACGGGUGCACAGCGUUCGCGUACCACAACGCCGAGGCGCACACUGCCAUCCUGGCGCAGAACUGGGACUGGCGGUGGGAGCAGGGCCCGAACCUCAUCAACCUCACCAUCCGGCGCAGCGGCGCUGCGACCAACGGCGCGUCCAACGGCCACGCCAACGGCAACGGCCACGCCAAUGGCCACAGCGACAACAACUCGUUGUCUAUCAUCACCGAGGCGGGCAUCAUCGGCAAGAUUGGCCUCUCGUCGUCCGGCGUCGGCGUGUGCCUGAACGCCAUUGCCGCCCUCGGCGUGAGCUACACCAAGCUGCCUGUCCACUUGGCGCUGCGUGCCGUGCUUGACUGGUCGCACGAGGAGCGCGCCAAGGGCCCGGGCGUGGCCCAGCGCGUCGCGGAGCGGCUGACAAAAGUGGGAGUCGCGUCGGCGGGCCACAUCCUCCUCUCGGACGAGCUCGUCGCGAUCGGGCUCGAGGCGAGCGCCGUCGACAUCGUGCCCGUCAAGCACACUGCCCUGCGUGGCGGCGACGCGCUCGUCCACUCGAACCACUACGUCGAGGAGCACCCGGGCGUGCAGCUCGGCCAGGCGUGGGAGGACACGUACGACCGCCUCAAGCGCAUCGAGCAGCUCGCGCGCGAGGGCAAGGCCGGCAAGGACGGUCUCGUCACCGCCGACGAGGUCGCCACGUUCCUCCAGGACGAGGACAAGUGGCCCGUGUCCAUCUGCCGCCACCGCGAGUCGGGCGGCGAGACGCUGUUCAGCAUCGUCAUGGAUCUGGAGAAGCGCGACGCCCGCGUCGAGGUUGGCAUCCCGGGCAAGGGCGGCGAGGUGUUCCACCUCACGCCUUAGCUGUUGUAGGGUUUAGUUUGUAUCGACUUUAUGGGAUCUGCUGUGAUACUGCA